AUGGAUGAGCUGUAUGAUGAACUCAACAUGACUGAGAAUCCAAAUCUGACCAAAACGUUUGAGACGAAUCCCGACACUCGGAUCUGUGAGCCGCUGGGUCUCUCCCCUUGGUUGACCAUCUCCAUCUGUGUUUUCUUAGUCAUGGUCUUCCUGCUGGCUGUGCCUGGGAACCUGGUGGUAGGUUAUGUGGUAGGUUCCAGUCGCCAGCAACUCAGCACGUCCGAUCUGUUCCUCUUCAACCUGGCUGUGGCAGACGCGUUGCUGGCUCUCACCCUGCCGCUGUGGGCGGUGUCAGUUGUUUGGGGCUGGGUGUUUGGAGAACAUGUCUGCAAAUUGGUCAGCGUGGUCCAGGAGCUCAACUUCUACACCAGCAUCUUUUUCUUGGUGUGCAUCAGCGCUGACCGCUACAUGGUCAUCGUACGGGCCAACGAGAAUGGGAGUGGCUGGUUUGGUUGGCGGAAUCGUGGGUAUAUCAGCUGUCUGAUGGUUUGGGUCAUCGGGGCAGCUUUUUCGGUGCCUGCUGGCUGGUACAACAACGUCUCCGAGAACAAAACCUGCGGUGAACAUUUUAAGAUAGGUAAUGCGCAGAACGUGCGUCUGGCCACUAGGGGGCUUCGCCACGUGCUCGGUUUCCUGCUGCCGCUGGUGGCCAUGUCGGUCUUCUAUGGCGUGACCGCUAUGCGGCUUCUCAGAACGCGUGGCACGCGGAAGCACAGGGCCAUGCGGGUCAUUGCGUCCGUGGUGAUAGCCUUCCUGGUCUGCUGGUGCCCGUACCACCUGGUCGUAAUGAGCGACACGCUCAUGCGGAUGGAUGCGGUGGAGUUUCUCUGCAGCACGCGUCAGAAGGUGGACCAGGCGCUGACCAUCACCCAGAACUUUGCCAUGCUACACUGCUGCGUGAACCCGGUGCUGUACGCGUUCGUCGGCGAAAAGUUCCGCCACAACCUGAAGAAGCUGAUGAACCGCAAGAAGGCCGGCCUUGAACGAGGUUCCGCCUCCCGCUACAGCAGGUCCACCUCCACCACCUCACAGGACGGCAACAACGCACUCAUGUGA